GAGUGCCACAUAAAAAUAUAUUUCCACUUUUGGCGCCUUAUUUAUAUUUUGUAUAUUUUAUUUUCUUGGAAUGAAAUCUCCAACCACCUUGGGAUUAUAAAACUAUAAAAUGCCAUUGCACCCUAUUUCUCUUCUUCUUCAUCAUUUUUUUUUUACAUUUUUUCUUUUAUACUUUUUCUACCUGAAAUGAAAUCUCCCGCAGUUGAAGGAUCUACUUCUCGUUUUUAUCUCUGAUUCUCCAACUUCUAACUGUCACAAAAAUCUUGUAUUUCAAUUCUUUACCCUUUUUUUUCUCUCCAAUUUUCUUCAUCUUUAACCAAACAUGGACUCUUCUUCUAAUCUCAAUUUCCCAUUCACAAUUUCAUGUACACCCACUAAGUUAAAUCCUCAAUUCUGUCCCCAAAAACCAACCUUUCUCACUUUUAUGAAGUACCCAUCUUCUUUCUUGACGAUUUCAUCGAUACCCACCAAGCCAAAUCCUCAAUCUUGUAGUAAAAAUCCAAUCUUUUUCACUUCUAUCCGAUGUUCGAGAAAUAUAAGACAUGGGUUGUCAUCAGUUUCUUGCUUGAUUAUGGAAGAAGCGCCAUUGGAUGAGAGGUUAAGUGUUGUUGACAAAGUUCGUAGUUUAUCUUUGGAAUUUAGGUCCUUAUCAGAACCAAUUGAUAGAGUGAAAAGGUUGUUACACUAUGCAAGUAUUCUCCCUCCAUUAUGUGAGUCAGCUAGGGUUCAAGAAAAUCGAGUUUUGGGUUGUACAACACAGGUGUGGUUAGAGGUGAGGAUGAAUAGUAGAGGUUCUAUGAAUUUUAGUGUAGAUAGUGAUUCUGAAAUUACUAAAGGGUUUUGCUCUUGCUUGAUGUGGGUGUUUGAUGGGGCAGAACCAGAGGAAAUUCUGAGUGUUACGGCAGAGGAUUUGGGAGAUAUGAAUGUGGGGCUGCCUAAAAAGGGUCGCUCAAGAGUUAAUACUUGGCAUAAUGUGUUGUUCAGUAUGCAGAAUAGGACUAAAGAUUGUGUUCAAGAAAGGAAGAGAGCUUUGUCUUUGGAAGAUCUUCAUUCUUUAGUCAUUAGACCUCAUGAACAUGUUGGUGGGCCUAGUGCCAAUGGAAGUUACCUGGAAUCUGAGCCUAAGUGCAGUUUCGAAGUCAAAUGAUUCUCAGCCAAGCUUUGUCCAUGGUUGGAUGAAUCUGCUAGAGUUUCACCAUUUUCUUCUUUUGUUACUGAUAAGGCUUUUGUUCUCCACUUUGCACCUGAGGCAACUUCCUUCUCAUUCUUUAUCCUUGCUUUUCACAGGUAGAAAUCUUGUUCUUAUCCUUUACUUUAAGUACGUUGCGACUGAUACUCCAUAUUGCAAACCUUACAAACUAACAUUCCAUUCUAACUUCUAAGUACUUUCCUUUUCUAUAUUUGCAGAUUUUACAACUAACAUGCCAUUCUAAAUAUAAUUCUUUGUACACGUUGCAUAGAAUUGAAUUCGCAGGGCCAAUGAAGCAGAUGAUCGUUGAUAUCAUUUUUGUACUGAGUUGCCUCUUUCAAGGCAUUCAUUGAAGAUGAUCCAUGGACUUCUCCCUGUGGCAUAAGUUGUUGAUAUAAUCUUUGUUGUAUUUUGUAUUAGCAACCAACUAGUUUAGUUUUUUUUCUUCUUAGAUGUAAGACAAAUAUCUUUUGGAAGAGAAAUUUCCAAAUGAGUAUUCUCUAUUUUCAAAUUCAUACAUUGGAGUGAUAACUGAUUUAACACUUGCACUUUUGAAACUAGGAAGGGAGGGAUUGCUUUGUAAAGACUAUAAGUUCGGCGAAAAUCAGAGGGAUUGCUUUGUAAAGACAGUUGGGAGAAAAUCAUUCUUCAAUACCUAAAGAAAAGUGAUAUUUUAGUUACUCUAUGCUGAA